ACGUGGCAAUCAGGGAAGAGGAAGCUCAGAUGGUUGCCACGAUCUUCUACUGGCGUUCUGACCAUUCCUUUAUAUCAUCCCCGCCCUAAAAAAAGACCCACGCGGCGAGGACAAAACAACUAUCGAUGGCGAUACGAGACUGGCACUACGAACUGCAUGUGUCGAACUAUGUGCUGGACGAGAUACACAAACUCAUCGCAGACAUUCUAGCCGAAUAUCAAAGGGCGAUUAGUACAAAGGACACGCACAUAGGACUAUCCCUAGUGAUACAGUACGAGAUCCAGACGGGCACCCACCCGCCGAUUCACUUUAAACCAUAUCGGUACUUGUUAGUCGAAAGACGAACCGCUCUGGAGUGGAUCAGAGAAUUCGAGGCCAAUGGUUGGAUCGAGCCCGCUACCGGACCGUGGUCCUUCCUCGUGGUUUUAGUCCCUAAAAAGAACGGAUCCAUUCGCAUUUGCAUCGAUUAUCGGAAACUGAAUGAUAUCACGAUGAAAGAUGUGCAUCCCCUCCCGCGGAUUGAUGAUUUGCUGGAUGCAAUUGAGUGUGCUAACUACUUUAGCAAGUUCAACAUCCGCCAUGGGUUCCAUCACAUAUUGGUGAAGGAAGAGGACCGUCCGAAAACAACAUUCGUACUAUUCGAAGGAACGUGGCAAUGGGUUCGAUGUCCUAUGGGCAUUUGCAAUGCUCCGGCUACGUUUCAAAGAGCGAUGAACAUGAUCUUCCAGAAUUUCGUUAACAAGACUCGACUGACACAGGGAAUGGUGAACUUUUGUGUUAUCGUGUACAUGAACGACAUCCUGGUGUAUUCGGAAUCGUUUCACGGACAUGCGCAGCAUAUCGAAUGGAUACUUGGAGCGCUGCGAGAUGCGGGCUUCAAAAUUGCCCUGGAGAAGAGCGAGUUUUUCCUGUCGAAAAUCUCGUUCCUAGGGUACGUGGUGACGCGAGGGGGUUUGCGGCCAGAUUCGAGAAAAGUCGCGGCGGUUCGAGACACUCCGACACCCACGUCGAUGAUGCAAGUUCGAGCUUUCUUGGGACUAGCCUCGUACUAUCGUCAAUUUAUCAAGGAUUUUGCGGCAAUCGCACGGCCCCUAACGAACCUCUUGCAAAAGGACCAGCCAUUGAGGUGGGACGCUGAGUCCGAGCAGGCAUUUGCCACAUUGAAGGAAGCCUUGGCCACGGCCCCUAUUUUGAUUCGGCCUGACCCCGAGAAGCAAUUUGUACUCAUCACGGACUGGCAGCCGGAGGCAAUCUCCGCUAUUCUGGUGCAGAAGGGGAAAGACGGUCGCGAGCACGUCAUGGAGUACGUGUCCAAGACAGUACCAAACGAAAGGAGAAAUGAUCCGGAAACUCAAGGGGAAUGCUACGUGGUGGUGUGGGGGAUUCAACACUUCCAUCCGUAUCUGUACGGGCAGAAGUUCCUCCUCGUUACGGAUCACGAACCCAUGUUGGCUCUUAAGAGACUCACUAAUUACACGAGCUUGAUUGGACGUUGGGCAGUGCGGCUGCAGGAGCACGAUUUCGACAUCGUCCAUCGAAAGACGGAAAGACAUGGGAACGUGGACGGGCUAACACGACUGCACCGACCGGCCAAGGUUACCAAGGGCGAAGAAAUUAUCCUGUGGAGGGAACCGGAACCAGUCAGUGGGCCGCAGUACGGACAAGUGGCCAUCCUUCCGCGUGCUAAGAAGUGACACGUGACAAUAGGCGAUGAAGGUAAUUAUGGAGGCCCCCUUUCUCCCCUCUCAUCCUCGUCUCUCCUCUCUUUGCCUGACAAGUUUUGUUACUUUUGCGA